CUUGCUGUUGGGGGAGUGGGAAGGGAUGGGAGAGAACAGCUGUGUCAGCUCCAGGUCCUAGGCAGCAAAUGCCAGCUGGGGAGGAGUCACCGCAGGGUACAAUUCUAACCUGGGGCAUGAACUAAAACCCUCAAAUCCCAGGCCUUGAAGGGAGCCUAAGGAGGCUAAGAAUGAGUUCAGAAAGCUAAUCCCUUCCUCACUAUAGCUCUUGGGUAGAGAAGGGCACCUAAGAUGCUUUGUAUGGUCCUAUAGGGAGCCACCUGCCAUCCUGUCUUGGACCCCCAAAGCUAUCCCCUCUCAAGUCAUUCCAAGAAGCAUCUGAAGCUCCCCAAGAGUCUCUUUCAUCAUCUUCCACCUCUGGCUCCUGAUUAACAACAAGACCAUGAAAGGCCCAGCAGGGCCCAGCUGUAGCCGCUGUCAGAAGAACCUGUCCUUGCACACAUCCGUGAGAAUUCUGUACCUCUUCUUGGCCCUCCUGCUAGUGGCUGUGGCAGUUCUGGCUUCACUGGUGUUUAAGAAGGUUGACUCUCUCUCAGAAGACAUCACCAUCACUCAGUCCAACUAUGAGAAGAAGAUAGUUUCUGUGCAGGAAAAUCUCCAGGAAUUAGAUCAGAAAGCCCUGGGCAAUUGCUCCUUCUGCCAUGAUACAGGGCAGUUGGGACAAGAGAUCCACAAACUUCAGCAAGAGCUGGAGGAAAUCCAAAAGAUGCUUCUAGUCCAGGAGAUUCAGCUGGAUCAGACAUCCCAGACCCAUCAGCAGCUCUUCUCAACGAGCAACCAAAUCACGGCAGUGGUAGACAGCUGCUCCUUCUCUAUCCACCAGGUCAACCAGACUCUGGGGCAGUUCCUGGCCCAAGUGAGGGGCUGGCAGGCUGCCAUGGCUGGCCUGGACUUUUCACUAAAGGGCCUGACCCAGGACUGCUAUGAUGUUAAGGCAGCUGUGCAGCAGAUCAACUUCACAGUAGGGCAGACCUCAGACUGGGUCCACAUGAUCCAGAGGAAGACAGAAGAAGAGACCUUGACCCUGCAGAAGAUGGUCAGUGAGUGGCAGAACUACACCCGGCUCUUCGGGGGCCUGCGAGCUACCUCCGCCAAGACUGGGGAACUGGUCAAGAGCAUACAGAGCAGCCUCAGCACCGCCUCCCAGCGCAUCAACCAAAAUUCUGAGGGCAUCCACGACCUGGUGCUGCAGGUGAUGGGGCUGCAGCUGCAGCUGGACAAUGUCUCCUCCUUCCUGGAUGACCACGAAGAGAACAUGCACGACCUGCAGUACCACACACGGUACGCCCAGAACCGAACCGUGGAGCGUUUUGAGACCCUGGAAGGGCGAAUGACUUCGCACGAGAUCGAGAUAAACACCAUCUUCACCAACAUCAACGCCACAGACAACCACGUCCACAGCAUGCUCAAGUACCUGGACGACGUCCGGCUCUCCUGCACGCUGGGCUUCCACACCCACGCCGAGGAACUCUACUACCUCAACAAGUCUGUCUCCGUCAUGCUGAGCACCACGGACCUGCUGAGGGAGCGCUUCAGCCUGCUCCGCGCCCGACUGGAUUUUGACAUCCAGAACCUCUCAAUGGUCAUGGAGGAAAUGAAGGCUGUGGAUGUCCGGCAUGGAGCAAUCCUCCAGAAUGUCACUGUCCUAAGAGGCAUCCCUGGACCUCCAGGACCAAGAGGACUGAAGGGCGACAUGGGCGUGAAGGGACCCUAUGGGAGCAGGGGUCCUAAAGGAGACAAUGGCACUAUGGGACCACCUGGUCCCCAAGGUCCUCAGGGUCAGCCUGGUAAAGAAGGACCAGCAGGUGAAAGGGGACCCAGUGGCCUCAAAGGUUUCCCAGGCCUUAAAGGAUCUAAAGGCAGUUUUGGAUCAGCAGGACUAAGAGGACAACAAGGCCCCAAGGGUGAUAUGGGACCCCAAGGGCCAGAGGGACCCCCAGGUUCUCCAGGACCACCAGGACCUCAGGGCAAGCCAGGAAUCGCUGGGAAACCAGGAUCACCAGGCCAGGUUGGGCCCAUGGGUCCAAAAGGCGAGCCUGGGAUACAGGGUCCCCCUGGUCUUCCUGGGCCUCCAGGGCUACCAAGAAACCAGAGCCCUUAUUGAACAGAGUCCACUUCCUAGAAAUACUGCCACACAAAAGUUCUGGGAAAAGGGACUGCUCAAAACAGCCCAGGGCCCCAUUAAGGAAGAAGCAUCUCCCCAAAGACAACUAUGCUUCCUUCUUCUCCACUGGGAUUCCUUCUGGAUCUGACCCUGUCCAUUUCCAGCUUUCAAAGGACUUCCUGCUUGCUGCUUUGACUAAUCCCAGUGGGGAAUGUUAGAACCCUAUCCAUCCUUACCCUCAAAGGCUAUUGCCAGAUAAAGAAGUUCCCAAAGCUAAAUUAAUGGAACUAAGCUUUUUAGUUCUUAGGGGGAAGAUGGGGAUGGGGAUGAUAUUGGUGAUGGGAGUUGUGAUGGUGGUCAUGAUCAUGGUGAUGAUUGUGGCAGAUUGAUGAUAAAAAAGCACUAACUCCCUUCUUACUUCUUUCCUCUAAAGCCUUUCUCUACUGAACAGGGGUCUGCCUGGACUAGCCUUGAGAGGAUGAAAGUGCAGGCCAUGAGGAAAGGCAGAUGGGUCUGGGAGUGUCCAGAUGGGAUUUGAGCAAAUUAGUCAGUGCAUAAAUCUGGGAGUGAUUGCCCAGAACAGGGUAUUGGACCAGUAUCAUCACUGAUGUGGCAAAUAUUUUCUUAUUCCCCCAUCAUAUCUAAGAUGACUAGGGCCAACCAAAUACUGGAUGUAUCAAGCAAUGACACUACCUGCUUAUGGAAACCACAAGCCUAUUUAGCCAUCAAAAAAGUUUCUUGGGUUGGACUGCUCCAUUUUGGGGAUGACUCAGAAACCUUUUGAGGGAUAACUUCAGGGAGAAUGUUCUCCCUGAUUGGAGUAGAAAUAAAUGACUAAAAGAAAAGAGAAGAAAAAAAGAAAUGACCAAGCCAUCCUCAUGGUUCUGUCUCUGGUUUCAACUAAAAGCAAGAUGCCUUUUUAAAAGGCCUCUUAUCUCCCUGCCUUCUCUUUGAGCAUAUGACAAAGUCCAGUGGGAACUAAGGCGGAAGGGCAUCUUCACUUUAGAGAGCAAAUGCAGCAAAACCUAAAGUGUUCUUUUUGGUCUGGAACUGUAAUUUUAUUGGUGCAGAAAAUUUCUUGUAAUAUUACUCCCUUCACUAACAUAGAUCAGCACUCACUCUGCAUCUUCUAGUCUUAGAAAAACUGCUUAAAGUAGAUUGGUGAAAAUGGAUUGGAGAAGGCCACCAAUGUGGGAGGAGAAAGAGACAACAAACUGAAGAGGAAGAUCCUGGUUAAGCAUUUUCACAUUUGGAUACUUUGUGAAGCUCUUCAUUCAGAGAGUUCUCUCCCAAUACACACACACACACACACACACACACACACACACACACACCCCUAACCCUGAGGCUGGCCCUCUCUGUUCCCUUAACAAAAACUCAUUGUUGUUACAAGGAGAUGUACUAGGCAGCAGCAGGUACCUCCUGCUAACCAAAGCACUGCUCCCCCCUCUUUAGGUUCAUCUAGCCCUAGCACACACUGAACAGCUGCUCAUGCUAUAAACAGAUUUACAUUGGUCCCACGAGUAGUGCCUUUGUCCUCCCUGAUCCAGAACUAAAAAUCCUCCCAGUCAACUAUUGAAGAGAAACAAGAUCAUACUUGUAGUGGGCAGGACUCACCACUUAAAAAUCAAGGGCAGAGCCCUCAUGUGAGAACAGUGUAUGAUCCUUUUGUUCCCAGUGAGAUACUGACCAGUCCUCCACUGCCAUUACCCUCAGCUUCCAGAAAGCACUGCUGGAGAGAAGUAUCAAGAAAUUUCUUGUAAAAGGGUCAUGAUCCCCGAUUCUAUGGCCCUUUUUGGCUGUGGGAGCCAUUUCCUUGAAAUAUUUCAUUUCUCACAGAAUGACAAUUCUAGACUUUAGGGAAGAGGGAUUAGGGUCUUUGUUACCAGACUGAUUGAUCUGGAACAAAACCCUUAUACUAUUUGCUGGGGCCUGAAGUGGCGUCUUAAUUUCAUUGUUUGUUCCAAUUAAUAUGCAACUGGUUUGCAUCUUCCCCCCAUUGCUGCUGUGUAACCCUCAUAUCUACCUAUAUCAAAAAUAUUGUAUUACUGGAUCAAUAAAGAGAUACCUAUCUGCGGAA